AUGUCUCUUAUCACCACAUCUCACGGCCGUUCUCGCCCGUGGCGCCGGCUCUUUCGCCGGUCGUUCUACUCGGCAUUCGCGAUCGCCGCCUUUUUAAUCGUUGCCUCGUACCUUCAGAACCUCGUUUCAGAUGAUCCUAGCAGGAGUCCUCAGCUGGGCCCGAGGUAUGCUGAGCCUGUACAAUGCCGAGACGUCCACCGCACCCCCGAUGUGUGUUCCUUCGUCAAAACGAAUUGCGAUGAUGAGCAACCGGGUCUAGUUCCUUACCUGACGGUGUAUCACUGCGCCUUUGGAUAUGCGAGGGUCGUGGGGUUUCCCCUCCUCGUUAUCUGGUUAGGUCUGCUCUUCUCCACCAUUGGUAUCGCCGCAAGCGACUUCUUUACGCCGAACCUCCAGACAAUCGCCAGCGUGCUGAACAUGCCCGAGAACCUCGCCGGAGUUACCUUCCUUGCUGUGGGGAAUGGCUCUCCGGACUUGUUUAGCACUGUCAUGUCCAUGCGAUCCAACAGUGCAGCGCUGGCUGUUGGUGAACUCAUUGGCGCGGCAUGCUUCAUCACUGCUAUUGUGGCGGGGUCUAUUGCGAUGAUUCGCGAGUUCAAGGUCGACAAGCGCAGCUUUGUUAGAGACCUCCUCUUCUUUAUUGUUGCUGUCUGCCUUACGCUUGUGUUUCUGUUGGAUGGCUACCUUCACUUUUUCGAGUGUAUUAUCAUGAUCGCCUAUUAUGCCUUCUACGUCAUUUUCGUGGGUGUCUCACAUUGGUACACGAUGAGACGAUCCAGGCGUGCCGCAUUAGCGGAGAGUAGAGCCCAUGCCAUCGAAGAGGCUCUCCAAGCGAGCGGCCAGGAGAGAUAUGAAGACCAACCCGGUGCUGCGGCUCAGCUCGCUCGCGUGCAGGCUUUAGCACGUCCCUCGCGCCCGGAAUCGACAAUUUCGAUGCCCAGAAUCGAAAUUGAAGGCGACCAGCUGAACGAAGUGGAAGAAGAGGACGAUGGAAGAAUGCGUAGGGAACAAAUGGCGGUUGAGAUCGCCAACAACAUGCGAGUCAGACAACCAACAGCUAGUCGACGGCCGACGGCGGCAUUCAUACGGCCGAGUUUGGUGGGUGCAUUGGAAUUCAACUCGGCUUUGGAGCAUUUCAAGAAAGAAGGCCUUUCUCCCCCGGGACGUAUCGGGCACUUCCGUCGGCACUCUGUGCAGAACAUACCCAGAGCCGCGAGGUUUCGAUCCGAAGCUCCUCCUGAGCCUACCAUUUCGUUCGAUACCACAUCGCCACCCCUGCGGGAGCGCGCACACUCUCAUACUGGAAAUGUUAGAGACGUUUCUGACAAUGCUCCUUAUAGCGGAGGGCCUGCCUUGCCACCGCAUGUGCGUGAAGCUAGGCAAGAACAAUUGUCCGGUUCGCCUUCGCCGUCUCUGUCCCCUUCGAGGGCAGCGAGCUCUACAAGGUCCUUCCAACUAGAUGGCAAUCUAGCAGUACCCCCAAUUCAUCCAUUUGGUCCUAGGCAGCCCUACUUAGACACGCAGACGGGGGGCUCAGCACGUCAAUCGCUGGCGCCCGAACCAUUGCGUCUACAUAUUCCCAGUCGCCGAAGCACCACGAGCGAACCCUCGGACACCCUAAGCCCAUUUCCCGGCUAUGUGGAAUCUCCGAUGCCAAUGUCUCCAACGUCAGAGGCUGCACCGCCGUCAUUAUUUGAGCCUCCGCUUCCCAUCAUCCCCACCGAUAAUGGAGUCUUGGUUGAAGUCGAUGGCGGUGUUGGCCUUCUCCAACCCUAUCGAUGGUGGCCGUACUCUAUUCUCCCCCCUCCCGAGAGCAUGAUGGCGACGCUAUUUCCUACACUACAGAACUGGCGAGAAAAGACCUUUGCAGACGCUUUUGUCAGCACACUCGCUGUCCCGAGUGUGUUUUUCCUCUCAAUCACGCUACCCGUUGUUGACGCAAGAGACCCAGAGAUUGACGAGACGUCCCAGUGUUCUGAGUGUGAAGAGGAAAAUGAACCGAGCCGGCAAUCUGCGAAUGACCAGUGGGAGAUGUUUCGUAGAUACAGACGAAACACGGUUACUUCAAACCGGACGUUGAACUACGACUCGGCAACUCCAAGCUCGCCGCUGAUCGUUGACGAAGGCGUGGCGCUAGAUAUGGAUAGGCCCACGGUUCCGAAACCGGUGGAAACUCCAAGCCUCCCACUUGAUGAGUCGGGGCAGGUGGAUGCUGAAGAUGCGGGUUGGAACAAAUGGCUGGUCAUGAUUCAAACUCUAGCUGGCCCGCCAUUUUCCGUAUUUAUCAUAUCCUCUGUGCUCAUGGAGCAGCCGGCGGAGGAGGUGGUGUCUGACGUGAAAUGGUCCCUGGUAGCGUCAGGCGCAUUGUUUCUCAUCGUCUGGUUGACCACGAGAUCGGAUCGGAGGCCCAAGUAUUAUACCCUCUUGUGCUUCCCCGGAUUCCUCGUGAGUGUCUCAUGGAUUGCCGUCAUUGCCGGAGAGGUCGUCGGGGUCCUGAAGGCGAUUGGCGUGAUCCUAGACAUAUCAGACGCGAUCCUGGGACUCACGGUGUUUGCUGCCGGCAAUAGUGUGGGCGAUUGGGUUUCUGAUUACACCAUCGCCCGAUUGGGCUCUCCGGUCAUGGCGUUCUCGGGCUGCGUCGGAGGGCCAAUGCUCAACAUCCUGCUCGGCGUCAGCACGGGGGGUCUCAUUGGGAUGGUAUCCAAAGCGCGGCGCAAGCACGAGAAGCACCCCGACCGGCCAAUUGUGUACAAGCCGUACAAGAUCCACAUCAGCGGCAGCCUCGUGCCGGCGGCUGGGUAUAGGAUUGAUUGCGCUCUGGUGCGUCAGUACCGGGGUCAAUCUCGUGAUUGA